CUUCGACAUGAGCUACUUACCCAAACCUGAAGCCUUUUCCGAGCUCCGAUGACACAGGAUGCAUGAAGUUUGCCAAGCUCUUGGACGAAUAUCAGCUCGCGGAAUGGCGCGGGACGUACAUACCCUACUACUUCCUGAAGAAGCGGCUCAAUGAGAUCGCAACUUCCCGCCUGCAAGAUGCCCUUCGCGAAUUGUCGAGGAGAUCCACUCCGAGCUCUCAAGGUGGACGGCGCCUAAGUGCCCCAGUGACAUCAUUUGAAGUUGCUGAAGCCACAGGAUCUCCAGAUUUGCAUACACAAGAUGUUGCACGCGAGGCAUGGUUGGGAGCGUUGAAGAGAGAGGUGAGGCGUGUGGAUUCCAAUGUGAAUCGUGGCCUUCAGGAGCUGCAACAGCAGUUUCUAGACCUCAUGCAGCUCUCACAGGGUGAAGGAGCUGAAGCGCAGCAUAAUCCCAUGAGCCAAUUUCUGCAUUUGAACAUGUUGGAGGCACUGGGAAGGCUUGGAGAGGGCAUUUAUCGGCUGAAGGGCUACACUGAACUGAAUCACGCAGCAUUGUACAAAAUCCUUCGCAAAUGGGACAAAGUUCUGAAGCGAACCGAUGGGGUGGCAGAAAUCUACCCUCAAAUUAUCGAGGGCACGCGCAUUGGCGACAUGACCGCCAUAGAAGCAUUGGAUGCCAACGUCAAGGAGGCAUUUUCCAGGCAGUCGCCAGCUACAAAUCCAGACAUUUCACCAGAGGUGGCUCUUUUGGCUGCUGGCUUGGGAACUCGUUCUGCUGGUCUGCAGGGCCAAGCGCUUCGCGCCGAGCGCCUCCUGUUUUUCUUCCUAGGGUCCUCAUCCGCACUCGUACUAUCGAUCAUUGCAUUGAUUUGCUUGCCAGAGAAGGACCCUAUGACCUUCUCGAAGAACUAUUUUCUUUGCAGCUUUCCCGUGUUCCGCGUGUGUUUGAGCGCGGUGCUGGUCAUUUUGGGACUCGCUUACGUGGCCCGAGUCUGUGAAGACAACUUCAUCAAUCACUUUUUUAUCCUUGGCAUCGAUCCUCGCUGUCGAGUCAGCCCCAACUUUCUCUUCACCUGGGCCAUGCUCUUGAGCUCGGCCUGGAUAUUGGUUUUCGGCUUUUACGUCGUGGACUACAAAUGGAUGGUUCUUCCAUUGGUCUGGGCUUCAUCCACGAGAUUGGAACGUGCCUCUUGGCACUACGUCCUUUAUCCGACGGUCCUUCUCGGCUUGACGGUGGCUUUACUGCUCAGACCAUCUGCAGUGUGCAGAUGCAAGUAUAAGGUGCAAAUCCUCCGUGGAGUUGGACGGACCUGCUUGGCUCCUUUCUAUGCUGUGAACUUUGGAGACAACAUGGUCGGUGAUGUUCUCACAAGCCUGGCACGACCGCUACGUGAUGUGCCAGCAGCCAUGUGCUACCUUGGCUCACAUCAUCCACAACUUCAAUCUGCAAUGGAGCAAUUUGUGAAGAGUGGAAACACCUGUCCUGCUUGGGAACAUGAAAUUAUCUCACCUUUGAUCGCUGCAUUGCCUUUUUGGUUCCGGCUGUGGCAAUGUGCAAGGCGCUUUUGGGACACAGGUCAGAAGCGCAACUUGCUGAACUUGGGAAAGUACACCUCGAGCUUGAUUGUGGUGAUAGUAAGUACCCAAGCAUGCCCCAAGUGGCUGGUCGUUCUGGCAUCAGCGGUGGCCACGGCGUAUGCUGCAUGGUGGGAUAUUUGUAUGGAUUGGGGUCUCACCUUCGGAGACCUUUGCUUCUUAACAGGAGCACGCCGAUCCAGUGGAGCUGGAGGAACCUCACACUCAAGCCCUGCAAGUAGCUUCGACGCUGGACUCAACUCACCUGUACCAGGAUCACCUGUACAAUCCUUUGCUGGCAUGAAUGUGCGAAUGGGGCCUGGCAGACAAGCUGUGGGACAAUAUAGCCGAGCCCAGAGCGGAACUUGAUGUCGCUUUUGAAAUGCUCUCGGUGCUUAUUGACUUGUGCUUGGUUGUAGAAGUCUGUUUGUUCCGGAAAGAAUGCAGCGUUUUUUGCCGAAUGUGCGGUUGCUGGUAGACAAGGGGCCGUUUCGAUCCCUUGAGACAAAAUAGAGCCCUAGAUCGACAAAAAGAGCAGCCUUCUUAAAGGCUGCUUUCUCCUCCAACCUACUAGCGAUGGCCUCCAACCUAUAUAAUGCCGAUGACCUCCACCAGGUAUUGACAGAAGUGACACGCAGAAAACUUAUCAGAAAGAAAUGCACUUGGAACAUUACAUGGGUCGACAAAACACAUGACACAGGUCUGGGAAAGCAGUAGUUUCACCAUUUACACACCCUGCCAGACAUACAGAUACAAGAUAGAACCUGGGCAAAAGGAUGGUUCAGACCAACAUGUGCAAAAGAAGCAAAUUAAAUAGUAAUUUGGAAGCUAUCUACAUCUUUUGAGUUCCUUACCCUGGACUACAUGCUCUGUUUUUCAUGUUCAAAGGUUUGCCUUCAUAAUGUUGUAAGUUUAACUUCAUGAUCGUUUAUCAAUAUACUGUAGUAAUCUAUAUCUAGUAACAAAAGUAGCAGAUGCUCAAAUCAACCGAUAAAAGUCACUGCAAAAAUCACCUCGGCAAUGCUACUGAGGACACUUUUCGGCACGCGUUUACUGUAUUGCGGUGGUGGGUGAUAUUUUGUUGCGAUGCACAUGGAUCCUGACGUUGAUGCCCAUCACUGUGCUUGGUGAGGACGUAGUCUUCCGUGAGAUCCUACACGUCUUCAUGACUGUGGCGGAGAUUUUUCGCCGAAGCUUCUGGGCUAUUCUGCGGAUCGAGUAUGAGCAGGUGGCCAAUGCCAGUGGAUAUCGGGCACUUCUUUGGGUGCCAAUGAAGGUGGGCCAGAAAGUGAAUGAGCCAAGAGAGCCAAGACGACCUCGCGCCGGGACGGCCGGGAGCAGAUCCACACAGCAAACUCUUCUCGAGUAAUUAAGCUAACCGACGCAGCCUGGAAGAUUUGAUGAUAAGGAUCGAGAUUUGGACGAAGUCAGGUUUCGGAGUAUCACUUAGCCAGCAAAAGCUGCACAGUCUUGUGAAUCUCAUCAGAGUGCUUGAGCCAGCGAAUACAGAAAUGCCAAGUCAAGCGAGCAGCUGAAGAAUUAGGGGAUGAAGAGCGUUCGCAGGACUUCGAAGACUCCUUGUUUGAAAGGAAGCAGCGACAAAAGAGGCCUACGUACUUGUAACUGCGACGACUUUCACAACAUAUGCCUGCAGAGUCUUCUUGUCGAACCAUUGGAAGACCAGUCCAAACUCACAGCACCUGUACCCUAGGCCCUAAUUACGCAGCCAGGGCCAUGGUUUCAUAAGUCGGAUCAAUACCCCCCCUCCUCCCAUGGUAGUGUUUGGGUUUGCGGAGGAAAGAGUUUCAAUUGGAUUAUUUACAAAGGUUUCUAAAGAUCAGAACCAAAACACAAGAAAAAAAACACGCAGGAUCAAAUUAAUAAAGGGUUGUAGUGCAGAUUAUUUGGGGGACGAGCCCUUGCAGGGAUUACCCUUUGUGAGCUCAUCAAAUGAUUGGUUUUAGUUUGUCUUUACAGGAAAUGCAUAAACCCUGAACUACACAUUUUCUGGAUUUGUUUCUGGAAAACUGCUGCCAAACAACAAUCACAAGAGAACUGGCAGGCUUAUUGAUAAAAAGGAUCAGAAAAGGCUAAGCCAUCGGCGAAGAUUUGAGUGGUGAGUUCAAGAACAGAAAUAAUUGGAGAUGGCAGCAUGAUGUAUGAGCCUCUCUUAGUUAAUCAGAUGGCAUUAGAAAACUGGCUUGGUUGUGUGGUUCGGAUUAGCUCUGGGAGCAUGUGGUUCCAAUACCAACAUACCACCAAUUCAUGGGAGAAAUCCACCAAUACGACUUUCAAUUUGGGUGAAUUUUCGAUCGUGUUGUGGCUGGGAUUUACUAGGGGAGGCUGAUUAAUCCUGGUUGGACAUUACCAUUUAGUAUUCUUGUAUCCUUUGGCUGCAGGUUAGGCAU